UUUCUCUGUUCAUCUCUCUCUCUCUGAACAAACACUUUUUUUUAUAGUUUUAAUCUCAUACGCAUUCGGUUGCUUUUACUCUUUGUUUUUACUCCUGUUUUUUCUCUUGGUGGUGGUGGUUGCGUUGAAGCUUGUGGGUUGGUGGGGUGAUGGGUCUAUUCGCUUUGUAGCUUUAGUUCCCCCUCCCCCUCCGCCUCUGCUUCACUCUCUUUCCUCUCUUUUCCCCUGCGUUUCAGGCGGAUAAACCGGUGGAGAAUAGAUGGAAGAGGGAAGAGAUUAUCGGCCUUGGGACGAAUUAAUACCUGACACACUCGGGCUAAUCUUCAGCAAUCUUUCUCUCCAGGAGAUACUGACAGUGAUUCCCAGGGUUUGCAAAUCAUGGGGCAAAGUAGUGACCGGACCUUAUUGCUGGCAAGAGAUAGAUAUCGAGGAAUGGAGCAACCGCCGGCCUGAGCACCUCGAUCGGAUGCUUCCGAUGUUAAUCACUAGAAGCCGUGGAUCAGUUCGCAAGCUUUGUGUUUCUGGUCUCCACAGCAAAAUGAUUUUUACCUUUAUUGCUGAAAAUGCUGGAUCCCUUCAGACAUUAAGGCUGCCUAGAAGUGAGAUGAGUGAUUCAAUGGUGGAACAGAUUGCUGGCAGGCUCUCUAUGAUCACAUUCUUGGAUGUGAGCUACUGUGGUAAAAUUGGUGCUCGAGCAUUGGAGGCCAUUGGAAAGAAUUGCAAAUUCCUUGCAGGACUGUGCCGCAACUUGCACCCGUUAGACACGGCUGGGAAGCCCUUACAAGAUGAUGAGGCAUACGCCAUUGCCUCCACAAUGCCGAAGCUUGAGCAUCUUGAGAUGGCUUACCAUCUUAUCAGCACCCCAAGUGUUGUUGAGAUACUAUCAAGCUGUCCUGAGCUCAAAUUUUUGGAUUUGAGAGGCUGUUGGGAUGUUAAAUUUGAUGAGAGGAUCCUCAAGGAGAGGUUCCCAAAAUUAAAGGUUUUGGGGCCACUAGUAGUUGAUCACUACGAGCGGAAUGACUGGGAUGAUUGCUCGGAUUCGUCGGACGCUUUCGAGUACUUGGCCUGGGAAUUUAUGGCUGGUGAAAUGGGAGAUUUUGAUGAGGAUGAUGAUGAUAGUAGUUACUAUGGCAUGUGGGAUGAUGAGGGAAGGCUUGAGGAGCUUGAGCUGAGAUUCUAUGAAGGAAUUGAUGAAGAUGCAGGACUGUAUGAUUGGCCUCCUUCUCCAUAAGUUAUGUUUUCUUUCUUGUGAAAUUCUCUGCUUCCUUUUUUCUUUUUUCUAUAUAUAUAUCUAGAAACUUGCUUUAUGCUUCUAUUUUGGAACUUGGAGCUUGUAUAUGUUUCAAUGGGAAUGAAGAAGUUUGCUUUGUUUUUCUA